UUUUGUUUACCAUCUCACGCCGACAGUCGCCACAUGUGCCUUGCGGCAAGUUCAUCUCAGAUUUGCACCGAUAACUACAGCCCCACAAAACCAUGAAUCUGCUACCCAAAACGGCCACCGAGUUCGGUACGACCGAGUACUGGAACAACUUCUUCAAGAAGCGCGGCAAGCAGGCCUUCGAAUGGUACGGCGAAUAUCCGGAACUGUGCGGCCAGCUGCACAAGUACAUCAAAACCAAGGACGAGGUGCUGAUGGUCGGCUGCGGCAACUCCAAGCUCAGCAUGGACUUGUACGACGUUGGGUUCAGACAAAUCACCAACAUCGACAUCUCGCAAGUGGUCAUCAAGCAGAUGCAGGACGCGAAUCGGACGACGCGGCCGGAAAUGCUGUGGUACCACAUGGACGCAACCGCGAUGACCGCUUUCAGUGACGAGAAGUACUCGGUGGUGUUGGACAAGGGUACACUGGACGCGUUGUUCACUGAUGAAUCUGAAGAGACGAUCACGACGGUGAGGAAGUACUUUUCGGAGAUUGCUCGUGUUCUGCGCGUGGGAGGUCGUUACGUGUGCAUUUCGCUGCUUCAGGAGCACAUCCUGAAGGAAGUGUUGAGCUUCUUCCCCGAGCACGAGUUCAUGUUUCGGGCGAUUCGGUGCGUUGAGGCGGAACAGAAAACGGCGGAGGGGAACAGCGAUGGAACGUCUAUGCCGGUGUUUGUAGUGGUGGCGACCAAGUUCCGCAAGCUGCCGAUGAAGGUGUACGAGGUUUGCCUCGCCGGAGAUGAGAUUCAACGGGUUCAAAAGCCGGAAGAAAUUGUUCUCUCGGUGGCCGCCGCCCAGAAAGCUUCCAUGGUGUGCAACGGGUUGGUCAGGGGGAGUAUUGCCGGGAUGAGCGAGGUAUCGCUGGAUUUGCAUCGACCUGGCGAGGAAAUUGCGCGUUACACGAUCCACGUGCUGGACCAGAAGCCGAUCCGGGGAAACGGGAAGUACGCGGCGUUUAUUGUGCCGCAAGGGCGGGAAACGGAGUGGCUGUUUUCAACUCCUCAGGGUCGUCAGAAACUGCUAGCUUCGGCAAGUCACGAUAGGUUGGCGAUUGUUUCGCUACAUCGCGGACAGGUCUACGCAAGUUGGGAUGCCGUCAAGGAUGAGUUGGCAGAAAGUGUCAAAUCACUGGCCCCGCACGGAUUACACGCGCAUAUUCCGUAUCUUUCACUGGGUUCGGAAGUUGGUCAACGCGAAACGAUCUUCAAAGGACACUCGACUAUGUCCGGAGACUACAUCGUGGAGGAGAUCUUGGGCAACGACAAUCGCAUCUUUAGACGCCUGAUCUUCCUGAACAACCAGUUUGUGAUUCAAUCGGAGGCCGCGGUCAAGCUGGUCAAGGGAAAAGGCAAAUCGAAAGCUUCGUCAAAGGUCGUCGACCCGGGAUAUCUCGCCUGUCAACACCACUUGUACAUGACUGUCGGUGUCCACCUGGCGACCUGCUUGGAUACUAACCAAACAACGAACCCCGUCAUGGUGGUCGGUUUGGGCGGCGGUGGCCUGUGUACCUUCAUCCAUCAGUGCCUGCGCAACACCAGUCUUGUCGCGGUCGAGAUCGACCCGGAAAUGCUAACCGUAGCGACCAGCUACUUCGGCCUUGCCCUGGACGACCGACUGGCGGUUCAAAUCCGCGACGGCAUCGACUACCUCGCGGAUUGCGUCCAAUCGUCGCAACGCUUCCGCGCCAUCCUGUUCGACGUCGACAGCAAAGAUCCAACCCUCGGUAUGAGCUGUCCACCGCAGGCCUUCGUCGAACGAGCCGUUCUGGACAACGCCAAGACGCUGCUCGGCUCGGACGGACUGUUCAUCCUGAACCUCGUCUGCCGUGACGAAACGCUCCGGGAGUCCGUGCUGGAGGAGCUGCGCCGCGUGUUUCGGUACGUGCUGUCGUACAAGCUGGAGGAGGACGUCAACGAAAUUUUCUACUGCGCCGACAACGCCGCCCUGGACAGCGCAGACAAGUGGCAGGAGGCGAUGAAACGAUCAGCGCAGGAGAUCAACGCGCUCGCCAAGAAGCAUAAGCUGAGCCGAGAGGAGCUCGUUGAUUUGGAGGAGUUUGUGCAAGCGUUGAAGAUUUAAAAUAAACGAGUUGACCACUGCUUGGGAAA